AUGUUGUGGAAAAAACAACGCUGCUGCUUGAGGAUACCAUCGCUGCCCCACGACGUCGUAGAGCUCAUCCUGGAGAGAGUUCCGGUAAAGUCUCUGGGGAGAUUCAAGGCGGUGUCGAAGCAAUGGAAAUCAACGAUCGAAGAUCCAUUCUUCCAGCAUAGACAGUUGAAGCAGCGUCAGCAGUCCGGAGAUCCAGAUGUUCUCAUGGUGUCGGUACAUCGCUCCGAUGAUAUCGACUACAAGGACAUGGAAACUCUAAGUACACUGGUGUUGGGUUCAACAGCGACGGUCAAUAUCCCUAUUCCUUGGGAGAAGAAAAUACACUUAGCUUCCGUUGGUGGCUGCUGCGGAUUCUUAGCUUCCUAUGGUAGCUGCGACGGUCUCGUUUGUCUCUACAGCCACUUCUUUGCCGGUUUUGUGGUCAAUCCCACCACCAGAUGGUAUCGCCCUCUUCCUCUCUGCCAAAUGCAACAACUCAUCGCCGACUUAGGACUGGAUGCUUACAUGGACCUUGGACACGAUUUCUCAAAUCUUGGGUUCGGUAAAGACAGAUUCACGGGCACAUACAAGCCCGUUUGGCUGUACAACUCUUCAGAGAAGGCUACUACAUGCGAAGUUUUCGACUUUACCACCAACGCCUGGAGGUAUGUUACUCCCGCUGCUCCUUGUCGUGUUGUUGGUCCCCUCGAUCCCGUGUUUGUAGAUGGCUCGCUCCAUUGGUUCACCGCUUGCGAAGAAACCAAAGUUGUAUCCUUCGAUCAUCACACCGAAGCCUUUCAUGUCAUCUGUAAAGCUCCCUUUGCCAAUGUACAUCCUUCCAAGAUGGGCAUGUGCAACCUCGACGACCGCUUGUGCGUUUCCGAGAUGAAGUGGCCCAACCAAGUGAUCUGGUCGCUCAAUUCAGGCACCAAGACAUGGGACAAGUUCUGUUCCAUCGAUCUGCAGGUAACUUCUCAUUGGUUUGGUAAUCUACAUGGCCCGCUCGCUCCACUAACACUUUUCCAUGGGGAGGAGGAGAAGAAGAUGCUGUUUCAUAACCGUGGGUUGAGUAAAACGCUGCUGGUACAUGAUCUCGAAACCGGAUCAUAUCAUGCUGCCUUCGAUGCUGAAUCCAUCGGGGAGCCUGUUUGUUAUUUCCAGAGUUUAAUCUCUAUUUCAUAA